GCUACUGACGUAGCAACCGCCUUUGGCAACCGCUUUCUAAAAGUGAUAGAUACAAAUGGCUUCUGAUGGUGAUAGAGGGAUUUCGGAUAGCAUUCAACCGUCCAAAAAUGUCACAAAGCAACUGUCCGGCACUGAAAAAGAGUUGGAAAAGAAGAAGGAAAAACUUCAAGCGGCAGUUUUUCUGACUGCUGUAACAGGAAUAGCAGCAACAUUGGGUUUUGGAACAACAGUAAUUGCAGCUCGAAGACAGGAUCCAAAGUAUUUUCAAGAAGGCGUUUCUGGGACAAAAGCAAUGACGGAAACUGGAGCAUCGUUAGCUCUUAGAGCCCUAAGCUGGGGAACAUUGUACGCCGUAACUGGCUGUGGCAUAUUAUGCUACGGUCUUUGGAAAUUUUCAGGAGCGUCUAACGCAGAGGAGUUCAAAAUAGCCAUGGGUUCAAUGUUGCCUAGGAUAUCAAAAAAUGACCCACCUCAGAGUAGGACGGAGUUCGAAGGACUUACUGAUUUGUUAACAUACAUCUCUGAAGAUUGGGGUAAUGAAAAAGCAAAAGAAUGUAAAUAAAUCAUGAUGUUGUAAUACUGUAUUGGUCACUCAUUGUUUAUAUUUCUAGUCAAGAAUUAAUGAUGUGUAACAUGUUUUGUAAAGAGAUACGAAUAUAUAAUUCGAAAUAGAAA